AGAAACUUCUCUGCAGAAGACAUCUAUAAUCUCUUGCAUCUCGCCUAUAUACGUGAACUUAAAAGGAGCAAACUAGAUCUUGUUUCAUUACCAGUCCUUCCUCUUUGAUCAGAAAACCAUCAGGUCUAUCAUACCUUUCUUGAAUCGUAUUCAAUUCUGUUUUCUUUCCUUCUGAAACCAUUUUUAUCUGAUCUUCUAUAAUUUGGGUCCCGGAUUUUCUAGCUUAGAGCAAAUUAGCUACAUGGCCGACCCUGUUUCACUCCUUGUCAGUCCUAUGGUCACGAUCGUUCUAGUGAAGUUGUCUUCUUUUCUCACGGAUAAGUAUCUCGAAGUCUAUGGUGUCAAACAAGAGAUAGAAACUAUGGACAAUUUACUGAGAAAAAUUCUAGCCUCGCUUAAAGAUGUGGAAGAAAAUCCACCGGGUUCUUCGACCUCCCACUCGAUGAGGAAUUGGCUUGAUAAUGUUAAAGUAGCGGUUACUGAUGCACAAGGUUUGUUGGACUCUUGGAUGACAGAAUAUAACCUGCGGUCGGGAAAGAAGCAGGUAUAUAAACUCCUUCCUCCUUGUAUUGCAAAUAAGUUAUUUAACUGCCGUGUAUCGCGUGAGCUAAAAGAUAUUGUGGCAAGGCUAGAUAAGAUUUCCAAAGAGAAUUACGAGUGCCAUCCUGCUGGAAGGCUAGCUGUGCCUGAAAAUCCCCAGCAGCAAACUGGUCCUCUUCCAAACAAUUUAGUUGUUGGUAGGGAGAAAGAAAAAGAGGAGAUAGUAAAAUUGCUGGUACCUGCUACUGGAGAAACCAGUGCAGGGGAAAACUUUGUUGUCAUUCCCAUUGAGGCAAUGGGUGGUCUGGGUAAAACUACUCUUGCUCAACUUGUCUAUGUGGACGACAGGAUAUCUAAAUAUUUCACAAUUAAAACUUGGGUUUCUGUCUCGGGUAGUUUAGACGUAUCCGGAAUUCUCAAAGAGAUCGUAUUAUCCCAGAGUAACGGUCACGAUAUCGGCUUCUCCUUGGCCCAACUGCAACUCCAAGUUGCAGAUAUCUUGGCUGAUAAGACAUUUUUACUUGUUCUAGAUGAUAUCUGGAUUGUGGAGGAUACAGAAUGGCAGAAGCUGGAAAACGUCUUAAGUCGAGGGGGCAAGGGAAGUAGGGUUCUGGUAACUAGCCGACUCUCAACUGUUUCCAGGUUGAUGGGUGCAAAAGCCCCCUAUAAUCUACCAUGUUUCAAUGAAGAUGAAUCUUGGUCGUUGUUUGAAAAACUUGUAUUUCAUGUAGGUAGUUCAACGGCCGACGCACGUGAAGAUCUAGAAGCAUAUGGAAAAGAAAUUGUAAAAAACUGCAAAGGUUUGCCUUUGGCUGUCCGACAUAUAGGAGGUCUUUUACGUAGAAAUGUUGAUGUUCAAGAAUGGAUCAGGAUCUCGAAGGAACUAGAUAAAGACAACAAUAUUCUGCCUGUUCUCAAAGUGUCUUAUGAUCGUCUUUCUUCCAAUCUGAAGCGGUGCUUCGAAUACUGUUCCUUAUUUCCGAAGGCCUAUGUAUUUGAUAAGAAUGACCUGAUCAAAUUAUGGAUGGCGGAAGACUUCAUUGAGCGUAAUGAAAUCGAGAAAGAGGAAAUAGGAAGCAGAUACUUUAACAAUUUGCUAAACAUGUUCUUCUUUGAAUGCUCAAGUGAAGACAAGACAAAAUUUAGGAUGCAUGAUCUUAUUCAUGACUUGGCAAUAUCAGUCUCCAAGCCCCUAUGUUUCCACGUGAAGGAUGAGAAACCAAGCCAUGUGCCUAAAGAAUCUCGUCAUGUAUCUAUCUUAUGUAAAGAUGUCGAGCAGCCUGCUUUGGAGAUAAUUGAAAGAUCGAAGAGUCUACGUACGCUUCUAUUUCCAGUUGAACACCCGAAAACUUUUGAUCAGGUCCUUGACAAAAUAUCGAGUUCACUGAGAUAUUUGCGAGUUCUUGACCUCAGUUCAAGCACAAUUCUGGCAUUGCCAAAAUCAAUUGAAAAUUUGAAGGAGUUGCGCUACCUCGACCUUUCAAAAACUGAUAUCAGAGAGCUUCCAGAAUCGAUAUGCAAACUCAUCAAUUUGCAGACACUGAAACUCUUAGGUUGCCCUUGGCUUUUCAGAUUGCCCAGCAUGCUUGGAGCUCUAGUUAACUUGAGGCAUCUGGAGCUGGACGAAAUGUUCUGGAACAAGAUCUCCAUAUUUCCACCAAAAAUGGGGCAAUUGACCAGUCUGCACAAUUUGCACACCUUUGAGGUUGGCCGCAAUCCUGGACACCGAAUCGAGGAACUGAAGAAUAUGGUGUAUCUUACAGGAACGCUGCGCAUCACAAAGCUCGAGAAUGCUGUGAAUCCAAGAGAGGCUAACUUGAAUGAAAAAAAAAUGGUUCAGAAGCUGGAAUGUGUGUGGAGCAAUGGCUCAAAUGUAGAUGAAGCGGGGGACAGAGACGCACUUCUUGAAGACCUGCAACCUCACUUAAAUGUCAAAGAGCUCGUAAUUUGUCACUAUAGGGGCAACGAAUUUCCAACUUGGAUGAGAAAUGGGCUACUCAAGAACUUGGUUUCUAUUUCCUUGAGUUAUUGCACAAGAACAAAAAUCCUUUCUCUCGACAAGCUACCCAAACUUGCAGAACUCCGCCUCAAGAAUAUGCAGGAAUUGGAGGAAUGGUCUGGGGAGAGUUAUCCAUCCCUCGAAAAGCUUAACAUCAGUGGCUGUCCCAAGCUCAGGAAGUUGCCCUGCUUCUUCCGUAACCUAAGUGUUUUGAAGAUAAAAAAAUGUGAAUCAUUGGAUGCUAUUCCAUUAGCCCAACUGCAAAUUAUUACACUUGUGGACAAUCCUGUUCUACACUUGUGGACAAUCCCUGCUUCUUCAGAGUUCAGCGCUUCUUCAAUGCGCAGCGUGGUCUGGUUCUUUAAAAUUGUCAAUUGCCCUGAGCUGCGAGAGCUGCCAACGAAUCUCUAUUUACGGAGAUUGGAGAUAAUUGGGUGCAGGUCGUUGACUGUCCUGCAAGGCCUGAAAGUUUUGAAUCUAGCAUUGGAUCGAUGCCAUGACGAGACAUUGUUGGGAAUGAUAUCUAGCUCCAUAUGUUUAGAAUCAUUGGUCAUUUCAAACAUCUCAAACAUGAACUCUCUUACCAAAUGGCCCAGUCUUCCACACCUUAAAGCACUCUACAUCCGUGACUGCGAGGAUCUUGAAUGGCUGUCCAAUCAAGAAAACACCUUGUUCCAGAGUUUCACCUCUCUCAAACUACUGUCCCUUCGGAAUUGUCCCAAGCUUGAAACAUUGCCUGCUGAAGGGCUCCCCAAUACUCUUGGAUAUUUGAGUAUCGCCUCGUGUGCAAGGCUCAAGUCAUUUGGCCCAAAGGACGCACUUAAGAAUCUGACAUCUCUCCAUGAUCUUUACGUUGAGAACUGCCCUGAGCUCCAGGCCUUCCCAGAGGACGGUCUUUCACCCGAAUUACGUCAUUUGUGUAUUCGAGGAUGCCAACUACUUACAGAGCAGUGUCGAAAAGAUGCAGACCCGAUGUUGAAGAACAUCUUAGAUCGGGAAUUCGAUAUGGCACCCACAGAAAUUCCACACUCCUCGUCAUCUUCAUGGUGGACAAAAUUGUGCUUUAAAACAUAAAAAAAUCGUUGGUGGUGAACAACAGGAGUGGUAAAUGAAAGAAGAAAAUUCAUUCCUUGAUGGAUUCUCAAUCGAAUUUUUCAGGUUAGUUCCCAGACCUAGAAGGAUCUAUGUUGAGGAGGAUGUAUGCUUCUAGACCUAGAGGAUGUAUGUUGAUGAGCUGCUGAAUCUGUCUUUCGAGUGCAGAAGCUAUCAAAGUAGUACAUGGAUGAGUUCGAAGAUUGAUUUGACAUGGACAAUGUGGUUCAUGUAAAUAUUAGAUUUCAUUUGUAAGAGAGCAAUCAGAAAACUGAAGUAAAAAAAAUGUUAUAACUGUUGUAUAUGUGAUGAUGAAUUUUCAGCAAUGUUGGAUUGAAUGGAAAAUAUCUAUUUACAUUUGAAAGGCUAAAUGGAUGAGAAUAAAAAAAUCUGGGUUGGUUUUUGUGAAA